AUGGUGGAUCCACUGGAACCCGAGGACCAGAAUAAGAUCCGAUGUCCAUAUUUUGAGACCCCGGCUGCAGCAUCUGAAGCCCCCUGUCUGCCUGAGCAGGAUGAAGAUGGGAAAAAGGAAAAGACUACUGUUGACUCUCAAGAACAAGAACCCAGAAUUGAGUCUGAACAGAACCCUCAAGGUAGCCAGUUACAGAACACAGAACCUGAACAUCCUAAGCUACAUUUAGACCUUUACAACUUUGAUUCCCCAGCUGCAGAAGGCAGCCGUUAUGUGCUGACCAGCCCUCGUUCGCUCGAGGCAUGCGCACGAUGUGGAGUCAAACCAGUGGAACUUCUGCCUCGACCGCUGUCUGAUUUUGCACGUGAGGCACCUGGCCAUAGCAUGCGUCUAGCCACAGAGUUGUUUGAAGUGUAUGAGAAGGACAGACAUACUAAACUCAGACAGUGUAGACAGGAACGAGAAAGAAUAGUUCAAGAGGAGAAAAGAAAGGCCCUCCAGGCAACACUGAACAAUGGCAGCAGAUCACAGGAUUCAGAGAAGCCUCAAGAUACAGCCAACACUGGAGUGAUUAAGCAAACCAGUCAUGGUUCUGUUACCUCUGGUCCCAUCACCAAAAAGUCAUCUGCUAGCAGGGGUCCCUCAAACCCACACAGUCCACCAACUUCACAGCCUGUCUCAAAAAGUAUACCUCAGUGCUCAGAACAAUUAGGAAAAACAUCUCCUUUGAGUGCAAGUUCAUCUACUAAAACGGUUUCAGCUCAGUCCUUAACAGCAAGUCCAGUGAGCACUGGGCAUACCGUUAGAGGGACAUCUGUAAAACAGUCUAAAUUACUCACUGCUGAGUCUGCUGGAAGGACUCAAGGAUCCAUAUCUCCAAAAUUAACAUCAUCAACAACAGGAGCACCAGUGUCCAAAAAAACAUCGAGUACCGUAUCAAAGUCUCCAAACACAUUCCCCAGGUCAACACCAAAGCCUUCGUCUUUUCCAAGGAUGUCAUCAUCUCUUGCGCCAGUUGUGUCAAAAUCGGCAGCACAAAGCCCUGCCAAUGGCAUCACUCGUCCAUUUACUCAGCACAAUGGGCACAUUAUGUCCAUGUCAAAAGUCAGAGAAAGAAGCCAUUCUUUAGAAUCCUUACAAAGAAGAAGGGAAGUGGUUAGCUCUUCUAAUACUUCAACCACUACCACAACAACAACAGCAACCACAUGUGCCUCUUCAGAGUCAGCAUCCUCCUCUUACAGCUGGGAAGGGGCACGGGAUCACUGGGGUAAGACCUCUAGUCCUCGUGCUCGCACCUUAGCUACUUUUAACUCUCUGAUGGGCCGAAGCUUAAGCUUGGGCGAUUUGAGUCACUCCCCACAGACUACACAGAAAGUAGAGCGCAUUGUAAAAGAGGUAAAGCGUCGAGGUCUCAAGGCAGUACCAGAACGUGACCGGAAGAUUGCAGCAUUAAUGUUAGCCAGGUACCAAGAAGAAGAUAUCAUGAGUCAGACACGCUAUGUUGCACAUUUGCAGUGGGACAGUGAACGUAGGAUAGAGGAACUGCGUCGUGAACGUGAAGAGCGGGAUAAACAGCGAGCGGUACUUCAGUGCCAGCGAGCAUGGCAGUCGCAAGUUUCCACCAGGCAGCGGAGACUCAGCCAACAGGAACGGGAGGCAGCAGCGGCCAAGUUACGCCGGGUGGCUGAAAAUGAGGAGCGCUGGCGGGAAUUAGCUGAGCAACAAGAGCGAAGCAGGUUGCAAAAACUUCAGCAGGCUGCUCGUGAGGAGAAGCUGAAGAAGGCAAUUCAGGAGCAGAACCUAAAAGCCUUGGAAGAAGAGCGGGCUGCUAUGCUAGAACAUGAGAAGGUGCUCAUCAAAGAGAAGCUAACCAUUGCAGAGUUGAAGAGGCAGGAGCGAGAGCAUCAGGUGCUGGAGGAGCUUCGUGGCCUCAAUCGUGCCGAAAAGCGGCGGCAUACAGCACUCAUCCAGGAGAUUGAGCGCCGCGAAGCAGACGAGCGUGAGGAAGCACGGCGGACGGCGGAAGAGAAGCUGAGCCGCUCACUGGAGAACUACGAGCAGAUACAAGAGCGACGUGGGCAGGAGCUGCGGGAGAAAGCCAAACGCGAGGAACAGCAGAUCCAGAAAGCGAGAAAGGCUGCUGAGCAGCGUGAGCGACAACAGAAAGAGCAGAUGGAGGCCCGGGCAAGGGAGGCAGUGAAGCGGGCACAGCAAGCCGCCAUGGUGGCAGAGGAGAGGGCCCGAGAAAAAGCCCAGCGUGCUGUCCAGAGCAGACUGGAGAAAGAGCGCCUUCAGAGGCUUAAUCGUCAGAAGGUGGAGGAGGAGGAGAAGCAGAGGCGCCUGGAGUUGCUCCAAUCCAUAGAGCGCAAGCUAGAGAAAAGUGAACAGAUAUUUCGUGAAAAACGUGCUGUAUUAGAAAGUGCCCGCUCAGUAGCACGUGCCUCCUUCCAUGUCCGGGACCGUGUGCGAGAAGAGACCAACAUGCGCACCUUUGACAAGAUGGUUCUGGAAGCACAGUUAAAGGCUAGUUUGGAUGAAAAGUGA